GUACCACAGCUCACGGCUUCCCUGUUGUCAACUACUACGUAAUUGAGGCUCGACGCAAGCUCGCGACUAGGGCGGCUUACUACUCAGGACAUAUGCUCUAGAGAUAAGGGUGUUGAUAUCGCUUGAAAGCCUGCAUGUGGGCCCGGCUUGAGCUGGCCUGGUGAGGGCCUAGCUUUAGGGCUUGAGGGCCUCAGGCCUGGCACAUCACUAGCAGCUUGCUUCCUGCAAACUCUCGAUAUUAUGAGCAACCUGAACAAACAACUCGCUCUCCCUAUAUAACAGUAUCCAAGUGACUCAUUCAAUCCAACACAACCAACAAAUCAUCUCUCCUAACACACAAUCAUGGUUCAUUACGCAUACGUAAAAAAUAUCAACUCUGACUCAACCUAUCGAUACGUGAUUGUCUUCGCCAGCCGCGCUGUUGCCGAUGAGUGGUGGCGUGCGGUGUCCACUUCCAGCAAUGUUAAGUUUUCGGACAGUGUCAGGCGUGUCAACGCCCAGUUCUACACCCAUGACGUGUCCCAGGCCAACGCCGCCAACUCCCUCACAACCAGUGGUGUUGCGACUCAAUUCAUAGGCAAGGUGUUUUUCACGUUGCUGAACGACCUAGUUGGUCGCGGGUUGAGCGUCAUCCCAUCGACUGACUGCGCGGACUAUGUUAGCGGGAACUCUUUUUUUAUUCGAUCCAAAGUCUCUCCACACGAGUACUGGUACUGUCCCUUAUCAUCUAACUCCAACGCGACAAACUCGGUCUACGUUUCGCGUACCGAGCGCACCCGCUUCCGCGUCGGCAUCACGGACAAGGACACUGAAGGGACCAUCAUGAUUGGCUCUGACGAGAUCGUUAUCACCUUGCUCACCGUCAAUUUGUCCAUUAACGUUGCCGACAACAGUCAAGUGAUGCUUUCGAGUGCUCCUGAGUCGGGGUUGAAGUUUAGGGACCUUUUGAACAAAUUCACUGUGGGGCCUACCAUGUACAAGGACGGUCAAAGCUUGGACAUGAAGGAGCUCUUCAGCUCGGGUAAUGGAGAAGAGUGGGAACUCGCUUGAACUGCUGUAGUUUGAUAUCAAGGCAAAGGGCUUGCAUAUGACACAAAGUGGUCUUGUAUUUGUAACACCGAAGCAAUUGGAUAUUUUCUUGAACGUCUGCAACCACGUGUACAACUACAGGGCUUUAGAACAGACCUCUCGACCCACUAACAGCAGUUCU